AUGGCGAGCAAGGGAGGCAACAAGGGGGAGGGCCCUGCCAUCGGCAUCGACCUCGGCACCACCUACUCCUGCGUCGGCGUCUGGCAGCAUGAUCGGGUGGAGAUCGUCGCCAACGACCAGGGCAACCGCACCACGCCGUCCUACGUCGCCUUCACCGACACCGAGCGGCUCAUCGGCGACGCCGCCAAGAACCAGGUCGCCAUGAACCCCACCAACACCGUUUUUGAUGCCAAGCGACUCAUCGGACGGCGCUUCUCGGACGCAUCCGUACAGUCGGACAUGAAGAUGUGGCCGUUCAAGGUGGUCCCCGGCGCCGGCGACAAGCCGAUGAUCGUGGUCACCUACAAGGGGGAGGAGAAGACCUUCUCUGCUGAGGAGAUAUCCUCCAUGGUGCUCACCAAGAUGAGGGAGAUCGCCGAGGCCUUCCUCAGCACGACCAUCAACAACGCCGUCGUCACCGUCCCGGCCUACUUCAACGACUCCCAGCGCCAGGCCACCAAGGACGCCGGCGUGAUCGCGGGCCUCAACGUCAUGCGCAUAAUCAACGAGCCCACCGCCGCGGCCAUCGCCUACGGCCUCGACAAGAAGGCCACCAGCACCGGGGAGAAGAACGUGCUCAUCUUCGACCUCGGCGGCGGCACCUUCGACGUGUCCAUCCUCACCAUCGAGGAAGGCAUAUUCGAGGUCAAGUCCACCGCCGGCGACACCCACCUGGGAGGCGAGGACUUCGACAACCGGAUGGUGAACCACUUCGUGCAAGAGUUCAAGAGGAAGAACAAGAAGGACAUCAGCGGCAACCCAAGGGCGCUCCGGCGGCUGAGGACGGCGUGCGAGAGGGCCAAGAGGACGCUCUCUUCCACCGCCCAGACCACCAUUGAGAUCGACUCGCUGUACGAGGGGAUCGACUUCUACGCGACCAUCACCCGUGCCAGGUUCGAGGAGCUCAACAUGGACCUCUUCCGCAAGUGCAUGGAGCCCGUGGAGAAGUGCCUCCGGGACGCCAAGAUGGACAAGACCCAAAUCCACGACAUCGUGCUCGUCGGAGGCUCCACCCGGAUCCCCAAGGUGCAGCAGCUCCUCCAGGACUUCUUCAACGGGAAGGAGCUCUGCAAGAGCAUCAACCCCGACGAGGCCGUCGCGUACGGCGCCGCCGUGCAGGCCGCCAUCCUCAGCGGCGAGGGCAACCAAAAGGUGCAGGACCUGCUCCUGCUCGACGUGACGCCGCUCUCGCUCGGGUUGGAGACGGCCGGAGGCGUGAUGACCACCCUGAUCCCGAGGAACACCACCAUCCCAACCAAGAAGGAGCAGGUCUUCUCCACCUACUCGGACAACCAGCCCGGCGUGCUGAUCCAGGUGUACGAGGGCGAGAGGACGAGGACCAAGGACAACAACCUGCUGGGCAAGUUCGAGCUGUCCGGCAUCCCGCCGGCGCCCAGGGGCGUGCCCCAGAUCACGGUGACCUUCGACAUCGACGCGAACGGCAUCCUGAACGUGUCGGCAGAGGACAAGACGACGGGACAGAAGAACAAGAUCACCAUCACCAACGACAAGGGUCGGCUGAGCAAGGAGGAGAUCGAGCGCAUGGUGCAGGAGGCGGAGAAGUACAAGUCGGAGGACGAGCAGGUGCGGCACAAGGUGGAGGCCCGCAACGCGCUGGAGAACUACGCGUACAACAUGCGCAACACGCUGCGGGACGACAAGAUCGCGUCCAAGCUCCCCGCCGACGACAAGAAGAAGAUCGAGGACUCGAUCGAGGACGCCAUCAAGUGGCUCGACGGCAACCAGCUCGCCGAGGCGGACGAGUUCGAGGACAAGAUGAAGGAGCUGGAGAGCAUCUGCAACCCCAUCAUCUCCAAGAUGUACCAGGGCGCCGGCCCGGGCGGCGCGGCCGGCAUGGACGAGGACAUGCCCGGCGGCGGCGCGGGCACCGGCGGCGGGAGCGGUGCCGGGCCCAAGAUCGAAGAAGUGGACUAA